AAAUCCUUUCCUUAGCCCGGAAGUUCAUCUGGGCGACAGUAGUAGGCGCAACUAGCAACUAUUAGCUAGCAAAGCUUGUACAGCUGAAAGAUAUGCAAUUGUCUGCACUUGAUGCAGAUUAGUUUGGAGACUAGUUGGGUAACUACAUCGUCAAAAGGCAAGCCAUGAGUUCAAACAACGUCAGCCUGUCCAAAGGUGAGCUUGCAACGGCAAUCUCCUUGACUGCUGGAGUAACAGCUAUUGGCAUCCUACUCUUCCAAAAACUGUUCUCAAAGGGGAAAGGUGUAAAGCCUAAAGUGAACCAGGAACUGCAGAAGGACAAUCCCAAAGUGGUACAUGCGUUUGAUAUCGAGGAUCUUGGGGACAAAGCCGUAUACUGCAGGUGUUGGCGCUCAAAGAAGUUUCCAUACUGUGAUGGCGCCCACGCGAAACACAAUCAGGAGACGGGAGACAACGUUGGUCCCCUUAUCAUCAAGAGAAAGGAGGCCUAAACAUUCUUUCUGCUUCCAUGAGUAUCGCUGCUAACACAUGCACAAGUGCUUCUUGUUUCAAAUAGGGUGGCAGAAAUUUAUUUUACUGCACAUUACACCCCUGCUAGUCUCAAAUGUUAUCAGUCAGAAUUCAGUGUAAACAAAGAAAUCUCCCUUGAGCAAUGUUGAAAGGUAAGUGCAGAACAUUUAUUCUUCUUUGAUGAGUGUAAAAUAUGUUAGUCACUAAAACGUCAGUACACUGUAGGUAAACUGGUCAUGUCAUGGUCAUCUACACGAAUGUGCUAUCCAUUGUGUGUGUGUGUGUGUAUACAGUGAAGCAGUGCUUUUUGAAAUUGAUUUAUCUUGUUUGUAAAGUAAUUAAGGGUUGUUAAGAUUUGGUGCCAAGUAGGCAGAAUAAUUCUAAUUUACAGUGUAUUGUUCUAUAAAAUGUUAUUAUAAUGUUGCUAUCAAUGCCACCAAACUUUUGUGUGUUAAGGAUCAAAUAAACACAGCUCUAACUGUUCAAUCUGUAAUGUAUUAAAAAGUGUCCAUGUGAAUAAAAUAUAAUUUGUGUA